GUGCAGUAAACACAAACACAAACCACAGGCUUUUGAAUCAUCAUGGCUCCACAUCCUGUUGUCCAGGCAAUCGUGGACUUCUCAGCUGGAGCAACAGGUGGUGCAGCCUGUGUGCUGAGCGGUAAACUGUUUGACACCACAAAGGUGAAGAUGCAGAUGUUUCCCAGCAUGCACUGAGGCUUCAUCCACUGCUUCAUCUCAACCUUCAGGCAGGUGGGACCUGGUCUCUACAAAAGCACAACUCUGGCCCUUUCAGCCAACAUCAGUGAGAACGCUGUGCUCUUCUUGAGUUACGGCCUCUGGAUGGAUAAAGGGGCAGAUCUCAGUGAUCUUUAUGAGGCAUCUGCAGGGUCUUUACCCUCCAUCCUCUCCUUCAUGGCACUCUGCCCCACAGAGCUGGUGAAAUGUCGCUUACAGGCCAUGCGUGAAAUGGAGACGUCCGGAAAGCUACCGUGAGGACAGAGAAGUUCAGUGUGAACUGUGGUGAAGACGGUGUUGACAGCAAACCUUCUGGGUUUCUACGGAGGCCUGACUUGCACCAUCGUGAGGGAGAGUCCGGGUUACUUCUGCUUUUUUGGGGCCUAUGAAUUCUGCCGUUCUACAUUUACACAACACAUGGGCAGAGACAAAGAUAUUAUAGAUAUCCUUCCAGUCAUGUUCAGCGGUGGAUUUGGAUUUUGGUUGGCCGUUUGUCCAAUAGACUGUGUGAAGUCCAGGAUCCAGGUGUACUCCUUAUCUGGGAGGCAAGAGGGCUUCAUGAAGACCUUCAUGGGUAUUACACGCACUGAGGUUAAGAGUUGA